UUUCUCUCUGUCAACCACAGAUUACAGAGAAGCUGUCAACUUUGACAUAUUUACAACGAAUUUUAAUGAACGUUAAUGACUUAAUAAAUAUUUUUAAGUGAACGUCAUAGACAAACUACGUUGGAUAAUUUUAUGGAGGAUAGAUAAUUUAAAAAUAAAUAUUAAAUAUCCAAAACAAACUAACAGAGUGCAUGCCUUUAACCGAAUGACUUGGUGUUUCAAUGUGUGCAGCAGAUGAGAGAAAUUUUCGUUCUGCUUACUAUGAAAAAGUCGGUUGUAAAAAUGUCGAAGAAAGGAAAUCUUUGGAAAUAUUACUCAAGGAAAAAAUUCUAGAUAGGGUUAAAUUGAAACAAUUUUGUUUGAGAUACAGUUUACCAACAGUCUACAGAAGUUUUGUUUGGAAAAUCUGCUUAGGGGUCCUUCCAGUUAAUACCUCAUGCCAUGCUUUUAUAAGUGACCAACGUAAACAAGAGUUCAAUGAAAUGAUGCGAGCAUUAACGAUUAUGAAACAGGUUGAUUUCAAUACUCAAAAAUCGAAACAGUUAUAUGCUGGAUAUCUUCUUCAAACUGAUGCAUUGAAAUUCGAUAAUAAUUUGAAUGCCUCUAGGGGUUUCAAUGAAAUAGUUCAAUUUCUUUUACCUUUCUACAAAGAUGAUGUAGAACUCUUUUGGGUGGCAAAGGGAUUUUUCUUGAACAUUCAUUCAUUUGACCAUGACUUCCCUAAAUUAAUUGAAACGAUUAUCAGUUUUUUAGAAAAAGAGGAAUCAGGUCUUUUCAAACAUUUGAAGAUAAUAGAUGCUCUCGAUAAUUUUCCAUUUGACUACUACUUUGAUACGUUCUUUGCGAACACGUUAAAUUACCCUGCCUUAUCAAAAAUCUGGGAUAAACUGUGUGGUGGAUCAUGUAAUAUAUUUGUAUUCGUCUUUAUCUCACUGCUGAUACAUUUAAAACAUUUUAUUUUGAAAUGCAAAUGUUUGAAAGAGGUUCUGGAGAUUUUGAACAAGGUUAAUGAAGAUAAUGCUGAAGUUAUUUUCAACAAAGCUAUCGAUAUGUGGCAACAAGGUAGCCAUUUCACAAUUCACGAUAAACCCAAGUCCUGAAUUGAAUCCAUAAAUGAAAUGCUUUUGUUAUGACAAAUAUAAGAGGAAAAUAAAAAAUGUUAAAAUGAA